GCGGCUCAGGCUCCUUGCAGGUUUCUAGCCAGCAUAAUGCUGGAGCUGGCGGUCGGCAGCCCGCGGUUUGCACAAUGGCCGAGCUGGAUGCCGACUUGGAUCACAUCAUUCCGGCGUCCGUCCUUCCUCCUUUCUGGGCUAAGUUAGUAGUAGGAUUCGUUUCCCUUGUGUGCUUUGCGCGGAGCUAUGAUGGAGAUUUUGUCUUUGACGACUCUGAAGCCAUUGUUAACAACAAGGACCUCCAAGCAGAAACACCCCUUGGGGAUCUGUGGCAUCAUGACUUCUGGGGCAGUAGACUGAGCAGCAACAGCAGCCACAAGUCCUACCGGCCUCUCACUGUCCUGACUUUCAGGAUGAACUACUACCUGUCGGGCGGCUUCCACCCCGUGGGCUUUCACGUGGUCAACAUCCUCCUGCACGGCGGCAUCUCGGUGCUCCUGGUGGACGUCUUCUCCGUGCUGUUCGGCGGCCUGCAGUACACCAGCAAAGGCCGGAGGGUGCACCUCGCCCCCAGGGCAUCCCUGCUGGCUGCCCUGCUGUUCGCUGUUCAUCCCGUGCACACUGAGUGUGUUGCUGGUGUUGUCGGCCGUGCAGACCUGCUGUGUGCCCUGUUCUUUCUGUUGUCUUUCCUUGGCUACUGCAACGCGUUCAGAGAAAGUAACAAGGAAGGGACGCAUUCCUCUACCUUCUGGGUGUUGCUGAGUAUCCUUCUGGGAGCAGUGGCCAUGCUGUGCAAGGAGCAAGGGGUCACCGUGCUGGGGUUGAAUGCGGUAUUUGAUAUCUUGGUGAUAGGCAAAUUCAAUGCUCUGGAAAUUGUCCAGAAGGCACUGCGUAAAGACAGGUCAUUAGAGAGCAUCAGAAUGCUCAGGAACGGGCGCCUCCUCUUCAGGAUGGCCCUGCUCACCUCCGGAGGUGCCGGCAUGCUGUACGUGCGCUGGAAAAUCAUGGGCACCGGCCCACCGGCGUUCACUGAGGUGGACAACCCGGCCUCCUUCGCGGACAGCGUGAUGGUGAGGGCCAUAAACUAUAAUUACUACUAUGCAUUGAAUGCCUGGCUGCUGCUGUGUCCCUGGUGGCUGUGUUUUGAUUGGUCAAUGGGCUGCAUCCCCCUCAUUAAGUCGGUCAGUGACUGGAGGGUAAUUGCACUAGCAGCACUCUGGCUCUGCCUAAUUGGCCUGAUAUGCCAAGCCCUGUGCUCUGAAGACAGCCACAAGAGAAGGAUCCUCACACUGGGCCUGGGGUUUCUCGUCAUCCCGUUCCUUCCUGCAAGUAACCUGUUCUUCCGAGUGGGCUUUGUGGUUGCCGAGCGAGUCCUCUACCUCCCCAGCGUGGGCUUCUGCACGCUGCUGACCUUCGGAGUUGGGGCCCUCGGCAAGCACGUGAAGAAGAAGAAGCGAAUUGCCGCUGCUGUGCUGGGCAUUUUAUUUAUAAACACGCUGAGAUGCAUGAUUCGCAGUGGCGAGUGGCGGAAUGAAGAGCAGCUUUUCAGAAGCGCCCUGUCGGUGUGUCCCCUCAAUGCUAAGGUUCACUACAAUGUGGGCAAGAACCUGGCUGACAAGGGCAAUCAGACCGCUGCCAUCCGCUACUACCGGGAAGCCGUCAGAUUAAAUCCCAAGUAUGUUCACGCCAUGAAUAAUCUUGGAAAUAUCUUAAAAGAAAGGAAUGAGCUACAGGAAGCUGAGGAGCUGCUGUCUUUGGCUGUCCGGAUCCAGCCAGACUUUGCGGCUGCGUGGAUGAAUCUGGGCAUAGUGCAGAACAGCCUGAAACGGUUCGACGCUGCGGAGCAAAGUUACCGGACAGCAAUUAAACACAGAAGGAAGUACCCAGAUUGUUACUACAAUCUCGGGCGCCUGUAUGCGGAUCUGAACCGUCACGUGGAGGCCCUGAGUGCGUGGAGAAACGCCACCGUGCUGAAGCCGGAACACAGUUUGGCUUGGAACAACAUGAUCAUCCUUCUUGAUAAUACAGGUAAUCUAGCCCAAGCCGAAGCUGCGGGAAGAGAGGCGCUGCAGUUAAUCCCUAACGACCACUCGCUCAUGUUCUCGCUGGCGAAUGUGCUGGGGAAAGCCCAGAAGUACAAGGAAUCUGAAGCUUUAUUCCUCAAGGCAAUUAAAGCAAAUCCAAAUGCCGCAAGUUACCAUGGUAACUUAGCUGUGCUUUAUCAUCGCUGGGGGCAUCUAGACUUGGCCAAGAAACACUAUGAGAUCUCCUUGCAGCUUGACCCCGCGGCAUCAGGAACUAGGGAGAAUUACGGCCUUCUGAGAAGAAAGCUGGAACAAAGGCAGAAGAAAGACGUCUGACCCUUUUUCCUUCGUCUUUUGAGUUUGUGCGAGUGUGUGCAUGAGGCCUCUCAUUACUAUUAUGUGGUUAUGUUUAACCAUUGCGAAGUCUUAGACAUGUUUGUUUUACUUUUUCUAUGAAAACUAAGACAUGCAAAAAGAUUAGAGCACCAGCAAUACCUUCUUGAAUGCAUGAUAAUGGUUUUUGCAUCGAAAUUGUAUUUUUU